AUGCGCGACCUGCCUGGUGGGGACGUUUACUGGUCGCCGCUGCAAACAGACACCGAAAGCGAGACGACCGACUGCGACGGCUCGCUGCAUGGUCCCACCUCCGCCCAAUCCGGGGAAGUGCGGAAGCGGCUGCUGAGCGAGGAGGACGGGUCGGGGGCAUCUGAUGGUGAUGCUUCCGUCUCCGGAGCAAGGCCCGGCUACGGGCCAAAUAAGAGAGGACGAGGAAACUGUGUGGGUGCGGCCCGAGCCAGAGCUGGGUGCUCGGGGCCGGAGCAGCCACUCGAGACCGCCCCACGGCCCACGGAGGCCGUGGCGGGGCCCCCGAUCGCAGCGGCCCCCUCGCGGAGAGAAUCUCUCCCGGAUUUGCGGGUGGUGCUGACCCGCUGCGACCGCGAGCUUGUGGCCUCAAAUGAAAGGUCGCGAUCUAGGUCGCCGAAUUUUGACGAUGGUCCUGGUACCUCGACAAUUGUAGCGCCUACACGCAGAGGAAGAGGCCGGACUCCCACCACGGGGGAAUAUGUCCGUUAUGCAAAGGCUGUUGAAGCGGCCAAUAAGGCGAAGCGCGAAGAACUGCGGCUUCGCAACGAAGAAGAGGCGGAGAAAUUUUGUCGGUCUUUAGGUACCCGCCAAGUGAGAUUAUCGGAAACGUCCACCGACGACGAGGUGAACCUUAACGAUCGCGUCCGUGCCAGCCUGGAAGCCAUCGACAUGGUGGCCCAAAAGUCCAGUCAUCUUAAGGGCACCUUUCAAAAGGCCCUGAAGGACUCAGCCAAGGAAAUGAAGAAGGUCUUUGAGGUGCUGAGGACACACACGGUAUCCGACGAAACCCGGCAACUAGAGGCAGAGAACAAGCGCCUUAAAGCGGAACUGGCAGAUGUCCGCUCUGAACUCCGGAAAAUUCGCGAGGACAUGCAACGUUUUGAAAUGUCGCAUCGGAGCUCGCUUCCCACAGAGGAAAUGAACGUGGCUCAAUUUGUGCCGUCGGGACCUCAUCCACCGGCGCCAUCCAAAAAGAAGGCUAAGCCUAACGAAACUGCGGCCCUAGACAUAGAGAGCAUUGUCCAGGCUGUUACAAAGCAAGUAGGUAGCAUGAUUAAUGCCCGAUUUGACGGUUUAGAGAAGGAAGGCAGACUAUUGCCAGCUCAAAGUCUCCGUCCACCACUAGCAAGCGACAAGAGGAAAGAGUCGGCUGCUAACGUCGUCCAAAAGCCCGCGAAGUCAGUGGUCCCUGUCGCCGGUAAGAAGGGACCACCAAACUAUACUGAAGAGCCGCAAAAGAUCAGCGGCAAGGGCAAGGGCAAGGGCAAGAAAAGCGCUGUCCCACAGCCCAAUGUCAACCAGAGCACGGCGACCUUUCGGACCCAGCCAGCAUCUGCAUGUCCCUCUACAGGGGAAGAAUGGCAAAAGGUAGGCCCCAAGGGCAAAAGGAAAAAGAAGACGACCAAAGCUGCUUCCAAAACACAACCGAAACAGAAACAGCAACCAAAGAAGGCGCGCAAAUUGGUACCCCCGCGUUCUUCAGCGGUGGUUUUGACACUGCUCCCAGAGGCAGUAGAAAAGGGGGUAACGUAUGCGAAAGUCCUUACGGAGGCCAAGAGCAGGGUCGAUUUGGCUGGACUCGGCAUCACUGCUUUACGGAUCAAGCGCGCUAUCACUGGGGGCACCGUUCUAGAGGUCCCGGGAACUACCAGUGGUGACAAGGCCGACCAACUGGCCAGAGCGCUGGUGGAAAAACUAGGCCCAGAAGCUGUUCGGGUAUCAAGACCGGUCAAAUGCGCAGAGCUCCGGUUGACAGAGUUGGACGACUCAAUAUCGCCCGAGGUGGUAGUAGCUGCGAUCGCCAGCGUCGGCCAGUGCUCGGCAGCACUGGUAAAGACCGGCGAGGUUCGUCGAGGUCUUAGAAGACUCGGCACUCUGUGGGUGCGCUGCCCUGUCACGGCAGCCAAGAAGAUCACUCAGGCUGGUCGCCUUGAACUCGGUUGGGGCCUCUCGGCUAAAGUUAGCUUGCUGGAAGAAAGACCCAUGAGGUGCUUUCGUUGCCUACAGACGGGGCACACUGGGGCCCAAUGCAUAGCGUCGGAAGAUUAUAGCAACCACUGCUACAACUGCGGUCAACCAGGACAUAAGAGGUCAGCUUGCUCAGGAUCACCUCAAUGUAUCUUGUGUCAUGCUGCGGGAAAACCUGCGGACCAUAAAAUCGGGUCCAAAGCAUGCACCAAUCCCAAACACAAGACAAAACACGCUGGCGAUGGCCCCCGGGCCCCCUCCCAGGCUGUUAUCCCCUCCACCGGUGCGGUGGAAGAGGCUGAGAUGGAGAUCGUAACAACCGACAAUUAA